CGCGAUCGGGAGGUGCUCGCUGUUUUGCUUCAGUGGGAAUGUCUCGGCUAGAAACAAGCUAGUGGCAGUAACCAGCCAUGGGUUUUAUCGGGCUGCCCGCUGCCCCGUCAUGCUUCAUCUUCGUUUGUUUUGAUGAGGGCUUCGGUGUGCAAGUGGACGAACUCGAGUUGAUCGGUGAAUAACUUGCGUCCUCUUGGAGUAGUGGUCCUAGUGGUUCCUAAACAGCCACCUGAUGAGUCUUCUGCGAUGAUGAUCAGUGCACAAUUUGCGUUAUCAUGGAGCAGUGGUCCGAAUGUGUUUCUAAAGCUGCCUGUUGGGCCCUAUGAUGCUACGUAUGCUCUGACUUGCCCUUGAUGUGCUUCAGUUGGCUUUAUAUCCCAGAUUCCUAGUAGGUACAUCACCCAUGGGUUGGUCGGUGCUUAGUGAAUGGUUUUCUUUCAACAGCCGAGCCACUUCCAACGAGUCAUUGAUAAUCACAUUGACAUUGAUACGUUGCAAGUCAUAACCACUCCUUUUGCUUAAAUUGAGUUCGCCCGAUAGUGUUGUGCUUCAUAGGGGUUAUAUGGAUUGCGUAGUGGUUCUGUCUGUUAGUGAGGAGGUACUGCUGACUGGUUAUGCAAGGCCAGAACUUACAUUUGGAUCAUAUGAAUUAAUUACUGGCUAUUAUUUUACUGUAUAAUCUGGUGAAUUUGAGUUUUCUCAUAUUUAAUUUUUCAUCUUGUAUUUUAGCUUACAACACCAGACAAAAUACUAGCACGCUCAUGGAGGUUGUUCAAGAAGUCCUUAAACAUGGUUCGACACAUGGUGUCCGUGCAGCCAUCAGAUCUGAUCAAAAGAGUUAUAACCUUGUACAGCUCAUUGCAUCUGCACUGGAUGUCUACAAUAUUCUUCGCAACAAAAAAUUUUCUACUGAAGUGCACCUGCCAACCCACACGUGCAUAUAAACUGGCACGAAAUUUGAAUCUUGUUGGCUGGAGUCAUCCACCAUCCCACCAAGAGACGACACAGAAUGGAAGUAAAGGUUCAUCCGCCGAAGGCAUUAAUGGAACUGGAUUCCUUUGUGGAGCUCGUAUCGGCAUAGUGGCUAAACCUUCUCCUGAAUUUGUCGCUGGGAUAUUUGGAACCUGGCUUUCUGGUGGAGUCGCAGUACCACUUGCACUUAGCUAUCCUGAAGCUGAACUCCUGCAUGUUAUGAAUGAUUCGGACAUUUCAAUGAUUCUAAGCACCAAGGAGCAUCAAGACAUAAUGGAGAGCAUCUCUACCAAAUGUUCUGCUCACUGUUCUCUUCUUCCAGCUGUGACAAGUGUACCUGUCGAUUGUCAAGAACCAUCAAGUAAUGAAGUGACCUCAUCUAUUUCUAGCUUAAUGGCUGAGAUUGACAGUUCAAAGGACAUUAGAGGAGAUGAUCCUGCUCUCAUCCUUUACACAAGUGGGACAACUGGUAAACCAAAAGGAGUGGUCCACACUCAUAAGGGGAUAGUCUCUCAGGUUCAAAUUCUGUCAGAGGCAUGGGGAUAUCAAAGUGAAGAUCAAUUUCUGCACUGUCUCCCGUUACACCAUGUUCAUGGCCUGUUCAAUGCCCUAUUUGCACCCCUCUAUUCUGGAUCAGUGGUUGAGUUCAUGCCGAAAUUUAGUGUGAGGGGAGUCUGGCAGAGGUGGCUUGAGUCAUAUCCUGAUGAUGGCAGUAAAAAUAAUGAAGCAAUUACAGUAUUUACUGGGGUUCCAACAAUGUACACAAGGUUAUUGCAAGGGUAUGAUAGCAUGGAUCCUGAACAACAGUCUGCCUCUUCCUUCGCUGCCAAGCAAUUGAGGCUAAUGAUGUGUGGAUCAUCAGCCCUUCCUUCCCCACUUAUGAAACGGUGGGAGGAAGUGACAGGCCACCGUCUUUUGGAACGCUAUGGCAUGACUGAGUUUGUCAUGGCAUUGUCUAAUCCAUUGCAUGGUGAACGUAAAGAAGGUACAGUUGGCAAGCCGCUUCCACGUGUUGAGGCCAAGAUCAUCAUGGAGGAUGGGACUGAAACUACAUCUGAAGUUGGUGAGCUCUGUAUUAGAAGUCCAUCCCUUUUCAAGGAAUACUGGAGAAAACCGGAGGUUACUGCAGAAUCAUUUAUUGAUGGUGGGUUCUUCAAGACUGGUGAUACAGUAACUGUAGACGAUGAAGGAUAUUUCAUAAUUUUAGGGCGCACAAAUGCUGACAUCAUGAAAGUUGGUGGUUAUAAGCUGUCUGCAUUAGAAAUUGAGUCAGUGCUGUUACAGCAUGAAACUGUCCUGGAAUGCGCUGUUCUUGGCUUGCCUGAUGAAGCUUAUGGAGAGAUUAUCUGUGCAAUAGUUGUGCCUAAGGAUGACGCAAAGAAAAGAGCUGAACUGGACUCAAAGCCUGCAUUGACCUUGGAAGCAUUGACAAGUUGGUCAAAAGAUAAGCUUGCUCCAUACAAGAUUCCAACAAGGUUGUACUUAUGGGAUUCGCUUCCUCGGAAUGCCAUGGGAAAGGUCAACAAGAAGGAGCUGAAGAAACUAUUAGGAGUUUAACUGUGGUUCCAGGAAGGCAGACAUUGUAAUGGUUAGCUAAUAAAUAUUUUUUGCAUUGAUAAUUUGCUGAAUCUAUCUUCUGAGCUAUAUAUUCCUUUUGCUUCAGAGGAUAACCAAAACCAAAAGGAAGUAACCCCUUGAAAAACAUUAGAGAUAGAUAGAUCCAUAGGUACGGUGUUUGCUAAUAAACGGCCAAACUGAGUUACACAGAUUUUCUUGGACAACUGCCACUACGAUGAAUAUAGAUAGAUGAUCACCCGUCGAUGUUGCAUAUGAUCAGAGAAUCAAACCUGCUAUUUUCAUGGGGGCAAAAC